GUUUAAAAUAAUGGACGAGAAGAACACAGCAGACGGGUAAAAAUUAAUAGUAAAUAAAGUUCGGAGUAGGUGGUGAUCUUUGAAGAAAAAAUCACUAAAGUUAAUGGAGAAGUGGCAAUAAAAAGAUAUUAGAGAGGCAAGUUUUUAGGAAAGGGUGGUUUUGCUAAGUGUUAUGAAGCAACCAAUUUAGAGACAAAGAAAGUCUUGGCAGCCAAGAUAAUAGCUAAAAGCAGUUUAACUAAGAAUAGAGCUCGUUAAAAGGUAAUAAUUUGAUGUUAUGAAUUAGCUUAUUUCUGAAAUCAAAAUACACAAAAGUCUUCAAAAUACUAAUAUAGUACAAUUCGAGCAUGUAUUCGAGGAUCAUGAAAACGUGUACAUUCUCUUGGAGUUGUGUUCUAAUCAAGUAACUAUCAUCCAUUUAAAUUAGACUCUAAAUGAAUUAAUAAAACGACGCAAAAGACUAACAGAAAUAGAAGUGUAAUGUUAUGUUGCAUAGAUAAUUAACGCACUCAAAUACUUACAUGCCAGUAAUGUGAUUCAUAGAGAGUAUCUUAAUUAAUAUUUUAAGUCUCAAAUUAGGGAAUCUAUUCCUCAACAAAUCUAUGGAAUUGAAACUGGGUGAUUUCGGUUUGGCAACUAAAUUGGAAUUUGAAGGAGAGAAGAAAAGAACUAUUUGCGGAACACCCAAUUACAUUGCCCCAGAAGUUUUGGAUGGAAAAGUUGGUCAUUCCUUUGAAGUUGAUGUAUGGUCUUUGGGAGUUAUAAUCUAUGCGAUGUUAAUUGGAAAACCUCCCUUUGAAACCCCAGAUGUCAAAACUACAUAUAGGAAAAUCAGAUUGAAUUCAUACACUUUUCCAGAACAUGUUCUCAUCUCUGAUGCAGCCAAGAAUCUCAUCACUAGAAUUCUGAAUUUAGAUCCAGUGAAACGACCCACCUUAGAUGAAAUAAUGUCUCAUCCAUUCAUGAAUACAGGUGGUACUAUUCCAAAGACCCUUCCACUUUCUACUCUUGCUUGUCCUCCUUCCGCAUCGUAUAAUAAACAAUUCUAGCCAUCCACAAAUUCAAGCAGUCUAAAAAUGUCAGUAAAUGCCAUGCCUUAAAGAUUGACUGAGACCACUCCAAACAAUUAGAAAAAUCAAUAACGACCUGGCAAUGGUUCGUCUGAUCGUUUCCCAUGUAUUCAUUAAUCAUUAUUAUCCCAGUGCAGAAGCCCAGUUCUAGUGGAAAUAUCUUAGAAGAUAACUUUGGCUCCAGUGGCCUAAAUAACGCACAAAAUGCUGGGUAUGGAGGCUCCCAAAGACCUCAAUCCCAAAAACCCAAUGACAUCAGAAGUAGUCAAAGUCAAAAGACACUUACUACUCCUUUUGGUGGCACUGGAAUGCAAGCUACUCACUCAGUUAAUAAUCUUGGCCAAAGAGCACCACAAUAAAAAUAAGAAAUUUAUGUUAAAAAGUGGGUUGACUAUUCCAGUAAAUAUGGAUUGGGAUAUCUCUUAAGCAAUGGUGCAACAGGAGUCUUCUUCAAUGAUUCGACUAAAAUUAUAUUAGAUACUAAAUCACUACAAUUUGAAUACAUGGAAAGAAAAGGAACUGACAAACAGGACAAUUGCGAAUCUCAUAAUUUAAAUGAGUAUCCCAGAGAACUCUAAAAGAAAGUCACAUUACUUCAACAUUUCAGAAGCUAUCUUGAAGGCGAAUAGAACAGAUCAGAUAUGGCAGUCGAAGAAUAUGACAGUAAAUAAGUAGUCUAUGUUAAAAAAUGGAUGAAAACUAGACAUGCUAUCAUGUUUAGAUUAUCCAAUAAAAUAGUCUAAGUAUUCUAAUUAUUCAUAUGUGUAGGUUAAUUUCACUGACAAAACUGAAAUUAUAUUGUCAUCGGAACAUAAGAUGGUCACUUAUGUAAACAAAAAUGGAGAAAGAAGCCAUUAUCCUUUAGCCACUGCUCUUGAUAGUUAAAAUACAGAAAUGGCCAAAAGACUUAAGGUAAACUUAUAAAAUACAUCAUUUUAGUAUACUAAAGAAAUCUUGACUCACAUGCUCAAUGGUGGUCAUACAGGAGAUCAAAGACCUAACUAAAUGACAGGGACCAAUUGGUAAAACUCUGGACCUUGAAACGAUUAUUAAAAUAUAAAUAAAUAAGUGCA